UUUCCCUCUUUCUCACUCACUCUCUGAUCAGCUCAAAUGUAGGGCUUUUUCCUUCAAAAUUCCCCCAAUUUCGUUACCACCCUAGCCCCAAAGCCCUGUCAAUUCCAAUAACCGAGCACGAAAUUGAUGGCGAGAGGCGCAGAAUCCGUCGGGCCCGAAAAUGGGCCCGGUUCGAAACCGGCGCCGUCGAUGGAGGCCGGCGGCGGCCGGGUGAGGUUCAGGGUAGACCUGAAUCCCGGUGAGACCACAAUUGUCUCGUGGAGAAAGCUUCUCAAGGAAGCCAAUUUGAGUGAGCCAGAAGGGCCCGGCCCGUCGGGUUCGGGCCCGCAUGUUGAAGCCCGCGGUGGCGCCGUUUCGGAGCAGCUCCAUCCGCCGCCUCAUUCGGAGGCUUGUCGUGCGAAGGAAACGGCGGAGAAUGAAUCGAAGGAGUCACAGGCGAACCGAUUGAGCAACGUGAUUGAGAGAAUUGAGAGAAUGUAUGCCGGUAGCAGCGAUGAGGAGGAUCUCGUUCUUGAUAACAUGCCUGAUGACGAUGAGUAUGACACCGAUGAUUCUUUCAUUGAUGAUACUGAGUUGGAUGACUACUUCCAGGUUGAUAGGUCUGCUACUAAACAUGAUGGUUUUUUUGUUAACCGUGGGAAGUUGGAACGCAUGUACGUAUAUAUUAAUUUUGAACUUUCCUUAUCCCCGGACAAGCAGCCAAAAAAGAGGAGAAGGAAAGAUUUGGCCCAAGGUGGUGGGAGUGAUGAUGGACAUAACCAGCAUAAAGUUAUGAAAAUGGGAUCUAAAGGAAAGAAAGCAUCAUCAUCCAUUCCAAGAAGUUCAACUAGUCCGAUUUACAAGGAGGCUAUAUCCAAUGUAGAUAUGCUAUAUUCUCAAGCUAAUCCUACUGAAGUUUCAACAAAGAAGGCAACAGAUAUCCAAGUUGCUAUAGAUCCUUCAAGAUUGCAGAAUGAUGGUGCUGUAAGCCAGGAUAUGUAUAAGGAUCGACGAAAACCAGGAGUUAACCCAUCAGAGAAGCAUACUAGCAAAUCCAAAGAGAGUGAACUUCAGAAUAUCUCAACUCAAAGGUCAAAUGAUAAAACUUCACAUGUAAGAAAAUCUCAAUCUGGAAAGCAACUAGAUGAUGUUGAUGGUCUGGAUAUGUCGAUUCAAAAAAAAGAGAAAGGUGCACUUGUAGAAAGACCCGAUCUUAAUGUUGUCGCAAUUAGAGCUUCCUUGUCAGCGCCAAGAAAGGAAGGUUCUAGUGUUAGACCAAAAAAUACUCUUGAGAAGGCCUUUAGGGAGUUGGAGAAGACAGUUGCACAAUUUAGACCGCCUUCGACGGAUGCUCAGGAUCCUAUCAAUCAAUCUCAGCUGGGCAAAAAGAGAUUGCCUUCGGAAAUAAAGCUGAAGCUUUCAAACGUUGCUAAAAUAGCGGCAUCCUGCUAUGGACGGAUUCCAAAGGAUGUGAUCAACCGUCUGAUGAGCAUUCUGGGCCACUUGAUGCAGAUUACCACACUGAAGAGAAAUCUUAGGGCCAUGGCUAAUAUGGGAUUAUCCGCUAAACAAGAGAAGGAUGUUCAAAUACUGAAGAUGAAACAAGAAGUUACUGAUAUGGUUAAGGUGCGGACUGCGCGCAUGAAAUCAAAACUUGAACAGCAUGCUGCAAAUUCAGAUGAUUUUCAGGAAAUCGGUCCAGACGAGAGAGAAGCUUUGAAACACAAAUACAGCAUGGACGAUGUGUUGGAAAAUAAGAUUUGUGAGUUAUAUGACCUUUAUGUUGAGAGACUAGAAGAUGAUUCAGGUCCUCCAGUCAGAAAGCUAUAUGAAGAGCUUGCUCUGUUAUGGCCCAGUGGCUUCAUGAGCACUGAUAGAAUUAAACGUGCUAUAUACAGAGCUAAAGACAGGAAAGGACUUUACAACUUCCGGAAGGAUCGAGAGAAAAUCAAGAAGAAAAAGGAUUCAGUGCCGAAAGCACAGGAUGCCUCUAAUGGUACACUGGCAAUGAAUUCUCACGAGAAAUUAUUGCCUCGUGAUCGUGGUUCUAAAUUGGCAAGUAGUUCAGCUCCCAGUGCUGCUCGUGGGCCUCUUACCACUGCAAACGGCUCCAAUCCGGGCAGCAACCCGAAGCAGGAAAAAUCAAAGAAGUUGAUCUCCAGCAGCAACCCAGAUCACGCUGAAGCAAAGCUGUCAAGUUUGCUACCGAAAAAGAAAGUCAAGCAGAAGCCCAGUGCCGAGGUGGCUGAAGCCAAGCUUCACCUCCAGAAGCUGGAGAUUUCCCAAGGCGGAGGAACGACACAAACUUGAUAACCAUUUGGAUUUUGCUUAACUUCGCAAAGCAUUGCACUAGGUAAUAGUAUUUCAAGUUAUUAGAUUUUUUUGUUUGUUUACCAAGGUUUGUAAUAAUUUCUGUAAUUAUUGCAACCGAACUACAGUUUCAGAGGAUGUUAUUAGGAGUUAGAUUAUUCUGUUC